AUGUCCGCCGAUCGCCUGCGCUGCGAGAACGGCGAGUGGAAGACUCGCGCCGAGUUUUCCCACCGGCAGCUUGAGAAGUACGAUCGUCUUGCGCGUAGAGGCGGAGCGAGCCCCUCGAAAACCGGUAUCCACUGCACCGAUCAUUCCAACCAGCCGGUCCGGGAGCUGAAGUGCCUGGGCCCCUGCCUCCGUACCAGGGACUUGCGUUUCUUCAGCAAGAGCACGAGAUCCAAAGGCCAGAACUGGUGCAUCGAUUGCAACGACUGGAGGCUCAAGACGGAGGCUGGCGAAGCCCUCCCGGCUCCGGGCGGCCAGCUUUCGGCCGAGGAGAUGCAUCCUGGCGCGUUCUUCCGAACGCACGCGGCAGCGGCCCAGGAGGUUCUUACCGAGAACGCUCCGUCCGAGUAUGACGGUGGGCUCGACAACAUGUCGACGGUCGGUUCUACAGUUACCUCACAGAGCCAAUACCAAGACCGAAGCGGCGAGGGACCUGGAAUGCGCGCGUCCCCCUCCGAGACUGGCACGUUUAAGAGGGCGCCUCACUGGCUCAUCCCCGACAUGGGUUCCCUUUCAAUCAACAAGCCCAUGAGCUCGUCGGCCACCGUCACCGAUAACGCUUCAGUCGCUGACAGCAGCGCCGCGACGGUGUCCGCCCGUGAUAACGGGCCCCAGCGCCCGGGUGUUCCCUUCAACGCCUGGGGCCCCGACGGGGAGUUUGCUCGCAAGCUCAAAACCCCGACCGAGGUGACUGGUAGUAGCCGCAUUACGGGCACCAGCGCCAACACGGCUCGCACCGGUCGUCCUGUCAAUCUGGGCCGCAAGGGCUGGGCCAGACCGCCGACCCGCAAGCAGAUGCCUCAGCUGCCCGACUACCUCAGGUACGAUAUCCCGCCGGCGACGAACGAUUACGACGAAUUUGAUCGGGACCUCGAGGACGACAUCAUUGCGGUCAACUAA